AGGAGAUAAACUACUACAUAAUUUUUGAAGAUGGCCGGGAAGAAAGUCCUAAUAGUCUAUGCACAUCAAGAGCCUAAGUCUUUGAAUGGGUCUUUGAAGAGAGUCGCGGUGGAAGAACUGAGCAAACAGGGCUGCAGCGUCACAGUGUCUGAUCUCUAUGCAAUGCAGUUUGAGCCAAGAGCGACGAGAAACGACAUUGCUGGUUGCUUACACAACUCGGAAGAGUUCCACUAUGGUGUUGAAGUACGGGAAGCUUACAAGAGAGGAGAUUUGUCCAGUGAUGUGAUUGAAGAGCAAAAGAAGGUGCAGGAAGCAGACCUACUGAUUUUCCAGUUUCCCUUGUAUUGGUUCAGCAUGCCAGCAAUUAUGAAGGGCUGGAUGGACAGAGUCUUGAUCGAAGGAUUUGCUCACCAGUUUCCAGAUUGUUACAGUUCUGGUUACCUCAAGAAUAAAUUAGCCCUGUUCUCUUUCACCACUGGAGGAACCCAAGAGAUGUAUACAAAAGGAGGUAUCAGUGGUGAUAUUCGCUAUCUCCUAUGGCCCAUGCAGCAUGGCAUCAUGCACUACUGUGGUGUCAAAGUCCUUGCUCCUCACAUCUGCUUUGCUCCAGAAUCUGUCUCUGAGCAGGAGAGGAAGGAGAUGCUGCUUGCUUGGGCCCAGCGUCUGAAGACUCUUUGGAAGGAGGAACCCAUUGACUGCUCUCCUGAAUGGUAUUUCAAAUAAUAUUCAGGCACAGCGCUAUGGAAUUAGAAUUUUUCCGU